UCCACAGGACCUUCACAGAGAACAGAGCAGCAGUCUGUGUCUCAUCCCGGCUCUCUUCACACCACACCUAGCAUCCACUUGCGCUUCUGCCGCCCGUACGAUCAGAGGAGCCAUGGUCAACCACAAGGAGUUUGACAAGGCAGGCAGGGAAGCCGGCCUGCAGAUCUGGAGGAUAGAGAAGAUGGAGCUGGUCCCGGUGCCUGAUAACCUGCGUGGAAACUUUUACGUCGGGGACGCCUACGUGGUCCUCCACACGGUCAAACAGAGAGACUGCUGCUUCUAUGACCUGCACUACUGGCUGGGUAAGGAGUGCAGCCAGGAUGAGAGUGCCGCGGCGGCCAUCUUUACUGUUCAGCUGGAUGACUUCCUGGGAGGGAAGCCUGUUCAGUACAGAGAACUGCAGGGAUUUGAGUCAACCGCCUUCACGGGAUACUUCAAAGGAGGGAUCACAUACAAAGCCGGAGGUGUUGCCUCUGGAUUUCAACACGUGGUCACGAAUGACCUGUCGGCUCAAAGACUCUUCCAUAUCAAAGGUCGCCGUGUGGUCAGGGCAAUUGAGGUCACCCUUAGCUGGUCCAGCUUUAACAGAGGGGACUGCUUCAUUGUGGACCUGGGAGCGGUUAUCUAUCAAUGGUGUGGCUCGGACUGUAACAAGUUUGAGAGACUCAAGGCAGCACAGGUGGCUGCCGGUAUCCGUGACAACGAGAGGAAUGGCAGAGCAAAGCUGGUAGUUGUGGAGGAGGGGAGUGAGCCACUUGAAUUCAUCGAGGUUCUCGGCAACAAGCCACAAUUACCAGAAGGAGAUGACAAGGAUGAUAUGACAGCAGAUAUCUCCAACAGGAAAAUGGCCAAACUCUACAUGGUGUCUGACGCAUCCGGAGAAAUGCAGGUUACACUGGUAUCUGAGGAAAACCCGUUCUGCCAGAGCCACUUACUGUCAGAUGAGUGCUUCAUCUUGGACCACGGGAAGAGCAAGAUGAUCUUCGUCUGGAAAGGUCGCAACGCAAACCCGGACGAAAGGAAGACUGCCAUGAAGACAGCUGAGGGGUUCAUCAAGCAGAUGGGCUACCCAGCUAACACACAGAUCCAGGUCCUCCCAGAAGAUGGAGAGACUCCCAUCUUCAAACAGUUUUUCCAGGGUUGGAAGGAUAAGAACCAAAGUGAGGGGUUCGGGAAGGUCUUUGUGACCGAGAGGAUUGCCAAAAUACGCCAGAUUGAGUUUGAUGCCUCUAAGCUCCAUGAGUCCCAGAGCAUGGCUGCCCAGUACAACAUGGUGGACGACGGCACAGGGGACACACAGAUCUUCAGAGUUGAGAGCAAUGGUCGUGUCCCGGUUGACCCGAACACGUACGGACAGUUCUAUGGAGGAGACUGUUAUAUCAUCCUGUAUACAUAUGAAAGAGGCCAGAUCAUCUACACCUGGCAGGGGGCUAGCAGCACGAUAGAUGAGCUGACCGCCUCUGCCUUCCUCACGGUGGAUUUGGACCGCUCACUCGGAGGGAACGCUGUUCAGGUGAGGGUUUCCCAAGGAAAGGAGCCUGCCCAUCUGCUCAGCCUGUUCAAAGCAAAGCCCCUCAUUGUGUAUAAAAGCGGUACCUCGCGUCUGGGAGGCCAGGCGUCUGAACCCCCUACACGUCUGUUUCAGGUCCGCCGUAACCUGGACACCAUCACCCGCAUUGCGGAGGUCGAUGCGGAGGCCGGCAGUCUGAACUCCAAUGAUGCCUACCUGCUGAAGGUGCCCUCAGGGCAGGGCUACCUGUGGGUGGGUAAGGGUGCCAGUGAAGAAGAGGAGAAGGGGGCCCAGUAUCUGAGUGAGGUGCUGAGCCUUCAGACACAACCCAUUCUAGAGGGACAGGAACCAGAUGACUUCUGGUCAGCAUUAGGGGGAAGGAAGGACUACCAGACAUCCAAGAGACUGGAGAGUAAGAGUCUUACUCAACAACCUCGCCUGUUCGCCUGCUCCAAUAAGACUGGCAGGUUCAUAAUUGAGGAGGUUCCCGGAGAGUUCACUCAGGAGGACUUGGCAGAGGAUGAUGUGAUGCUGUUGGAUGUCUGGGAUCAGGUGUUUAUCUGGAUCGGCAAAGAUGCCAACGAAGUUGAGAGGACUGAAUCUGUAAAAUCAGCCAAGGCGUACAUUGAUUCAGACCCAGGUGGUCGGGAUAAAAGGACCUCUGUUGUGAUAGUGAAGCAGGGCCACGAGCCCCCUACCUUUACAGGAUGGUUCCUGGGGUGGGACGCAGCCCGCUGGAACUCAGAUGCCUUGGCCAAGACCGUGAAAACCUUGCAGCUUUAACUUCAGUGAAUGCCGACAAUUAAAGCACUGUUUGAAUACAGCACAGACAGUUGAAACGUUUUAGGCAUUCACUAUUUUGGUUAUGGGUAGCUGUGGGCUAACCUGUGAAAGGGGCUUGAGUUUGAUUUGAAUCGAUUGCGCCAUGUUGUUGUAAUGGUUUUGUCUUUACAGAGAGGUGUAUGGAAAUGUGACAUGUUAAUUUGAAUGUAGAUCUCUACUUUUGGACUACUGGUAUGUUUGUUUUUAGUAAAAUUGCUCGUUUUGGUGAAUCAAAGUUUUAAUGCUAUUAAACGCUCUUACAGACAA